GUGUGAGCAUUAGCUAAAUGAUGUUUUCACUUCGUUCCGUCAGAAAUGCAGCCAUGUCGCUUCCCGUGUUCUCACGACCUGCUGUCUACUCGAUGAUGCGAGAAGCGUCUCGAAAAGUGCAGGUAUGCACCAAUGGCAAUGACACUACACGUCGUGUUGGUGUAGCAUUAUUUGGCCUUGGACGUGCUGGUACAAUUCACACUGACAAUAUCCUCACUAAUCCCAAAUUGGAUCUCCGUUGGAUUAUAGAAGAAAAUCUCGAUCUUGCCAAACAAUUCGUUCAUCAUCGCAAUUUGUCAACCACAACAAUUCAACCCAAAGACAUGGCCAGGGCACUGACAGAUCCCAACAUAGAUUUUGUUGUUGUUGCCACGCCUACAAGUACACACCUCUCAAUUGUGACAUCAUCUCUGAAGGCACAAAAAGCUGUGUUUUGUGAGAAGCCGGUGGCUAGCUCGGUAGAUGAAAUCAAAUUGUGCUAUGACGAAGCAGAGAUGGCAGGAAAACCUUUGUUCAGUGCGUUCCAGCGUCGUUUCGAUCCCAGCAUUGCAAGCGUAAAAAAGCACAUACAAACUGGUGCAAUUGGAAAACUCCACGUGAUCAAGACAUGCAGUCGUGAUAGUCAAUCACCAAGUCGCGACUAUAUACUCAACUCUGGCAAUACUGGAAUUUUCGGUGACAGUGCAGUUCACGACAUUGACCUGGUGUGUUGGCUGGCUGGUGAGACACCGUCUACCGUCUACGCCACCGGCCAUGCAUUCAUCCCAUACAUCAAGGAAGCAGGCGAUGUUGACACAGUGGCCAUCACCCUGAGAUUUCCAAGUGGCCUGAUUGCCAUCAUUGACAUGAGUCGGCAUGCUGUGUAUGGAUACGACCAACGUGUGGAGGUCUUUGGCGAAAACGGGAUGGCAGUCGUACAAAACAUGCAACCAACAACAACAGUACAUUGGGACAAGAACGGACUUCAUGGACCCCGACUCGAGGAUUUCUUUCCUACGAGGUACCAGGAAGCAUACAAGCGAGAGCUGGAACAUUUUGUUAGCGUCGUAGAAGGAAAAACUCAACUCCUAUAUCAUCGAAAUGAUGCCAUAUUAACAUUGAAAGUCGCUGAAGCAUGUGCAGAAUCCAAUCGGCAAGGGCAAGCCAUUCCAUUCCACUUCGAUUAGGCAGCGCAAUCUGUGAAUGUACUCUAAAUGUGACUGCAUAGAG